AGUAAUUUAUUUUUUAAGUAAAAAUUUUUUGUUUAUUUGAUUUACUUAAUUGUAAAAUCAAAUAAAUAAUAAUUAACUAAAUAAACUAAAAUUACAACAAUGAACAAUAAUAGCAAUAGUAAACUAACUGUGCUAUUAGCACCGGGCGCUUAUGUCGGUCCAAUGAUGUCGGCCAUCGGCAUUGGCGAAGUAUUGCGCGACAGUGGCCACUAUCGGGUAGUGUUUGCCGUUAUGGGUGACUGGCGGGAAAAACUGGUCAAAUUGAAUUUUGAAGUUGAACUGAUCGGUGAGGAACAGGAGGUGGUCAGGGAUAGUAUGGAAGUCGGUGUCGAAUACGAUUUGGGUCUUAUCAACAACGAUAGUCCAUUGGAUAAGUUAAUCAAAACGUCUCAAAGUGGAGGCAGCUAUAUAUCGGUACUCGAAGCAGCCGAACCCUACUAUCGGGCUAUUAUCGACCGGAUCCGACCAGAUUGUAUAAUCAGCGAUCAUGUAACUAUGUCGCCUACUAUUAUCAACUACUCCCGGUGCCUGAAAGUAUUUUAUCAUAGUAACAAUCCACUUGGAUUGGAUAUGAUUAUCCAUGAUACUAGGUUACCGCCAUCAAAAUUAGGACUGUCACUCAAUAGCGACAAACAGUUAUGGGAAGAGUAUAGAAGUCAACUGACAAAAGCCAAAAAACAGGGUUUCAAUUCGUGGAACAGUUGGCUUCAAUCGCACGGAUGUCCGCCAUUAGAGGACAAUCUAUUUUUCUAUGCAUCUCCCGAUGCAAACUUUUAUUUGACACCCAAAGAGCUCGACUACACAGAUAUUAGGCCACUGCCCGACAACUACUAUCAGUUUGACUAUUUUAAGCGCACAGCCAAUGAUGAUGUCUUUGAACUGCCGGAACAAUUGAAACAUAAAUCAGGAAAAUUAGUUUACCUGUCGUUGGGAUCGAUAGGCAGUGCACACAUCUAUCUAAUGAAACGUUUGGUCGGUAUGUUAGCUAAGUCUGAGCACCGGUUUAUUGUAUCGAAAGGUCUCAAACACGACAAGUAUGAGUUGGCGGACAACAUGUGGGGCGAAAAGUUUGUACCACAAGUAAAGGUGUUGCCAAUCGUCGACCUAUUCAUAACACACGGCGGCAAUAAUUCAAUUACCGAAUGUAUGUAUUUCGGUAAACCAAUGAUAGUGUUACCACUGUUUAUGGAUCAGUUCGAUAACGCACAGAUAGUCGAGGACAGGGGUUAUGGUAUACGACUCAAUCCAUUCGAGUGCACUGAACAACAAUUAUUGCAAUCAAUUGACAAACUAUUAAAUGACACAAAAUUGGCCGAAAAGUUGGCAAAAACAUCGCAUAGAAUACAAACUGAGAAACAAAUUGAAAAAAUACCGGAAAUUAUUGAUAGAUUAGUUAAAAAUAAAAAAUAA